CGGCGGCGGUCCUGGCUGCGGCCGGGGGAAGUGAAUGGUUUUACCCAGAGGGCUCUGCGCCGCCUUUCUCCCGCUGGCACCGGCGCCGCUCCCUGCUCCUCCUGCCCGGCCAUGGCGUUCACGUUCGCGGCCUUCUGCUACAUGCUGGCGCUGCUGCUCACCGCGGCGCUCAUCUUCUUCGCCAUCUGGCACAUUAUUGCAUUUGAUGAGCUGAAGACUGAUUACAAGAACCCUAUAGACCAGUGUAAUACCCUGAAUCCUCUUGUACUUCCAGAGUACCUCAUCCAUGCUUUCUUCUGUGUCAUGUUUCUUUGUGCAGCAGAAUGGCUUACACUGGGUCUCAAUAUGCCCCUCUUGGCAUACCAUAUUUGGAGGUACAUGAGUAGACCAGUGAUGAGUGGCCCGGGACUCUAUGACCCCACAACCAUCAUGAAUGCAGAUAUCCUAGCAUAUUGUCAGAAAGAAGGAUGGUGCAAAUUAGCUUUUUAUCUUCUAGCAUUUUUUUACUACCUAUACGGCAUGAUCUAUGUUUUGGUGAGCUCUUAGAACCACACACAGAAGACUUGGUCCAGUUCAGUGCAUGCAAAAAGCCACCACAUGAAGGGAUUCCUUCCAGCAAGAUCCUGUUUCCAAGAGUAGC